AUGCUCCACUCCAUACUCCCCCUCCUCACUUUCCUCCUCCCCACCGUCACCGCCCAAUCCGACGCCCGCUACACCGUCUGGGCCAGCGUCAUCUUCUCCCGCACCGGCGAACGCACACCUGAAGUCCUAGGCUCCGAACCGGUCACUCUCACCUCAGUGGGCGCCCGCCAGCAAGAACUCAAUGGCCACUUCUUCCGCCAGCGCUACUUCGAGUCCUUCAACAAUUUCAGCACGGACAAUGGCGUGGGCAUCGCUCCUCUGCCGGGCAUGAACCCGCAGAUACCGGAUGUGCAGAAGUUGUACGUACAAGCGCUGGAUGAGCAGAGUUCGGUGGCGAGUGCGCAGGCCUUCUUGCAGGGGCUGUAUCCGCCGGUGAGCUUUAGCGGGAAUGCGAGUGAGGUGCAGGCGAUGGUGGAUCCGAGUGGGAGGGUGGCUAAUGGGUCUUAUGUGGACCCUCCGCUAGGCGGUUACAGAUAUGCUCAGGUACACACUUCUGGCCAGUACGACCCGGAGUUUGUGUACGUGGGAGGGAGCUUGCAAUGCCCGGCGUUCGUGGAACAGGUGGAGGAGUACAUCGCUACGCCAGACUUCGCAGACGUGCAAGCUGCAACUUUGCCCGUCUAUCAGAAGAUUGGUCCAGCCUUCCUGGGCGGUGUACUAUCCGAAGACAAAUGGGGCUUCGUCAACGCAUACGCCAUCUACGACUACCUCAGCUACCAAAACGCGCACAACACCACCGCCAGCGACCUCUUCGCCAGCGACGAGUACACCGACCCAGACACCGGCGCCAGCUACAUCGACACCCUGCGCUCCUACGCCAACCAACAGCAAUACGCAUGGUUCGGCAAUCUCUACGCCGAGAACCCGAUAACCGGCACUGGCUUCGAGAACGACGUCAAAGGCAGCAUCUCGACCAUCGCCGGCAAUACGCUCGCCGCCAAAAUGCUUAACCAGCUGCAGACUGCCAUCAUCUACGGCGGGGAAUACUACCAACUCAGCCUCCUGUUCGGCGACUAUGAGCCCCUACUCUCGCUGUUCGCGCUCACCAGCCUGCCAUCCCUUGACUCCGACUUCUACGGCAUCCCGGAUUUCGGGUCUGUAGCUGUCUUCGAGCUCUUUUCUAUCGUCGAACCAGGCACGGUCGAGUUUCCAGACGUAGAAGAUCUCUGGGUCCGGUUUUACUUCCGCAACGGCACGGAUAUCAAUCAGCCAUACCGGGCGUACUCCUUAUUCAACUACGGACCGGAUACGAUGGAGCUAAAGUGGACGGACUUCCAAGAAGAGAUGCUGAAGAUUGUAGUGGGAGAUAUCGGACAAUGGUGCCAACAAUGCGGCGCUAGUUACUCCGGCUCCGACCGCAUCUUCUGCUCCUACUGGAACGCCUCCGACUCCCUCGACGCCGUAUCCACCUCAAGCUCCUCCGGCUCCAGCGGCCUGAGCCCAGCCGUCUCCGGCGUCAUCGGCGCCAUCAUCGCCCUCGUCAUCGCCGGCCUGAUCUUCGCCCUCCUCAUGCUGCUGGCGGGCGUGCGCUUCCACCGCGUCAAGAGCCAUAAGUCUGAACUCGGCGGGUUUAAGGGGAGUCAGAAACUCGCUUCGGAUAAGGAUCUGACGCUGCCGAAGGGGGGAGCGGUUGUGGGUGCGACCGUGGUGGAGACGCCGGGGAGUCCGGUGGUGGGGGGCCAUGAGAGGGUGGGGAGUUGGGAGUUGAAGGGCGGUGGGAUGCCGAAUAUUGCGGAGCCGCGGCCGGCGAGUGUGAGGAGGGCGAGUUGGGAGGACGAUGAUGUUGGGGAGGGGCCUUUUAGGGACCCGGUGAAGGCGGAUGAGAGGGUGUAG